AUGGACGGCCCUGUGGCCAUCGUCCCCGCCCACCCGGCGCCGCCAUACGUUGUCGCUCUUUUCGCCUCGUUUCAAACAUCCGAUCCUUACGAAUACCUUUCUACCCUCCUUUCGGCGCCAACAUCACAUCUCAUCCUGACACCACCAAUCCGACUGCCGCGCUCCCUCUACGACAAGCACUCCGUCAUCCCCGAAAUUAAAGCCACCGUCCUUCACAUCAACUUCGAAGACGACAUCAUCUUCAUCGGCCUCCACCCGUCGACCAAAUACGCACUCUGCCGAGCCUACGAGAGCUUUCUCAACAGCUACCCCAACCGAUGCGUUCCGCACGAGAUCAAGGAGACGUGGCGCACCAGGUUCUGGCAGAACAUGGAUUGGGUCCAAUGGGUGGUUCCCGCCGAGCUACUCUGUUGGAUCGAUGAGAGGAGUGGGACCUGCGAUCUGGCUUGGUUCGGGAUGUUGGACGGAGGGGGCUACUACAAGCUUCCGUGCGGCGUGCCAGAGAUGCUUGCAUCGGUCGAGGCCAAGAUAAAGCGACUCUUCCUGCCAACGCUGGAAGAGGAAAGAAGCAUCUGGGAGAUUCCGUAUCAAAUCCAGGAGGCCACCAAAUCGAGAUUUCGUAUCGAGGAGGAGGAUCGGGUCUACGAGGGGGGUGAAACCAUCGAGACGGAAUUACUCUGGAACAAUGCUAGCUGGAGCCAGCAGGAUAUGAUUUACGACGACAUCGUGGUCGACCCGAGUAAGAUCGGGACGAACUCCGCCAAGCGAAAACGAAAGCGGAAACGUGUACCCUCCGUUGAUCUCGACAUCGAACCGACCCUUCCGUGCCCGAGAGUCAGAAUAUACGAGACAGAAACCGGCGGGAAGAGUGUUGCUGGGAGAGUGCGGAGGGUAGUCGCACCUCUCAUCAGCAGUAACAUCAGGUUACUCACGACAGCCGAGGGACGCUCAUAUAUUGAAACCGUCCCACAAACCCCAACCAUCCGAAGGCGAUUACCUCUUCCACCACCACCACCUCUACCUCCACCUGCAGAGGCGCAAACCCAGAAUCAGGCGCAGACGCAGCCAUCACAACCACUACUACCACCACCAGCAGCACCAACACCACAUCACCCCCAAGCCCAGUCACAACCGCAAUCAUAUCUAUCACGACCGCCAGGCUCGUACCCAACACCACCCGCUGAUAAUAACUUCUUUCAGCAGCCUCAACCGAGUGCCGAAAGAAUACUUGAGCCGCUCAUCAAUGUUGACCGCCCAUCGCCACUCGAAUUACCGUCGCCCCUGCUGAGCGGGGAAGAUUACGAGUGCCGGGACUCCCACCAAGAAAAGGUCACUGCGGAAUCAUGA